GGCGGCGGCGUCCCUCUUGCCCUCGCCUCUAGUCCCGGCAUUCGGCAGUUCGGCCGCCAGUUGGUGCGUUGAUCUCGGCCGCAUUCUCCAUGGAGGCCUCCGAGGGUAGACCUGGGGCUCUCCUAGAAAAUGGAGUACCAAGACCCACAGGUACUAAAUGCAAUAAUUUCUUAGAACCUAACACCACAUCUUCUGGCAGAAGGGUCACCCCCUCAUCCACUGUUGAAACAGGACUGUGUGUCAGUGAGCCUCCGCGCCUCGCCAGAGUGAGUGCUCACCUGGACAUUGCUACAGAUUUGGGUCAAAAAUCUUCCUCCUCAUAUUUGGAUCAGUCCUCUGAAAAAUCAUUGCCUGAAGUCCAAAAGAAUAAACACCCCGAGGAAUUCAGCCUGCUUAAGUUACAGACAAAAGAUGGGCAGCGUCCUGAGUGGACCUUUUACCCGAGGUUUAGCAGCAAUAUCCACACCUACCAUGUUGGAAAGCAGUGCUUCUUCAAUGGGGUCUUCCUUCGCAAUAAGAGGUCUGUGUCAGAGAGGAUGGUGGAUCAGUGCCUCGGGAGAAAGAAAUAUGGUAUUGAUUCUAGGAAUGGAAUUCCAGAGUUCACUCCAGGGGACAAUCCGUAUAUGUUCCCAGAACAGAGUAAAGGCUUCCACAAAGUAGGAUCCACUCUGCCACCAGUGAACUUUUCAUUAGUGCCUUAUGAAAAGAAAUUUGAUACAUUUAUUCCACUUGAGCCUCUUCCACAAGUUCCCAACUUGCCUUUCUGGGUGAAGGAGAAGGCCAAUAAUUUGAAGAACGAGAUAAGAGAGGUGGAGGAACUUGACAACUGGCAGCCCGCAGAGCCCUUGUUACAUAGUUUAUUCCAUUUAGGUACUUUGGACUUACCAAGACAAUCCUGAGCAGAAACAGGCCCACAAAACAUGUACUGACUAUAGUCUGGCGAGUUUCUUCAUUGCUGUUUUUGACAAUAUUCUAAAUCAAUCAAAUGUUUGACUCUAUUGACUCUGAUGUGUUUUGUUUGUAUUUUAAAAACUUUCAAACUUAUAGAAAAGUUGCAAGAAUCAUAUAAUGAACACUACAUAUCCUUUAC